AGUUACUCUGUGGCUAAACGGCGAUCAAUUAAAAACGUCAAAACGGUCAAAUCGUAAAUGUCCAAAAAUUCAUUUUGUGUUAAUAAUUAUUAUUUUAACUGCGAAGGAAAUUAACCUGGUAAUAUACCUUGAUUAUGAGCGAUAUUGAAGUUGGUGAUCCUCAAUUAGAAAACUUUAUAUUAACCGAAACACAAAAGCAAAGAUUUCAGGUUUUAGUGCACGGACUUACUGAUACAUGCUGGGACACUUGUAUGGGAAACCCCUCAAACCGAUUGGACUCUAAAACAGAAGUAUGCAUUAUGAACUGUGUUGAAAGAUUCAUUGAUGCUACUACCUUCAUAACUAAACGUCUUAUGAACACAACAAAAUAUCGAUCUGAUUCCCCUUUAGAGUUCCAGUAGAACAUAAUUAUUAACUGGUUGCAGGCAAUUUGUCAAUAUGUUUUCAAGUAUCAAAAAUUUUUUACAUCGUCAUAGAAGGAAGUUUAUUGUAACUGGUGCAGUAUUUGGAUCCAUUUACUUCCUUUUGAGUUACGCACAGAAGAAGUUAAGAGAAUGGCAAGAAAAAGAGGCAAAAAAGUUCUUUGAAAUGACAAGAAAGAAACAACAUUUUGAAAGCACUGAACGUACCUGCAACCAAACAAUUCUCUCUCUUUCAAAAAUUGUAUCAGAAAAUAUUUUAAGCAUAUUGAAUACAGAAGAAAUUGUACAAAAAUUACAUGAUAACCCAGAAAAUAAACUCGCAUUAUGGGAACAAAUGAAAGUAAUGAUAUUUACACGUAUUUGUGUGUUAGUCUAUGCUCUAUCUAUUCUACAAGUAACUUUACGAGUACAACUUAACAUUAUCGGUGGGUAUCUCUAUAGAGACUCAGUGUUGGAAGUUGAGCCUCUCAUAGAUAGUAAUUUGCAAGCUAAAUACUUAUCCUUAUGCCAUCAUUUUGUUGGACCUGGUGUAGAAGACUUAGUGAAACAAAUUGAAAAAGCUGUUAAAAGAGUGGUGGAUCCAAUAUCCCUCAAGAAAAAGAUCACUUUGCAAGAAGUAGAGCAAGUGUUUUGGUCUAUACAAACUAUACUAUGUACUGAUUCAAAUGAGGGAGAUCCAGUCAAAAAGAUGGUUCACUAUUUGGUUGAUCAUACGGAAAUAAAUGAGGCUAAGUUUGACACUAUUGUGAAGGAAACUAUGGAUGUAUUGGAGAGUGAUGAAGUAACCUCUAUCACAAUGUCCUCUAUUAGUAGGAGUUUUUCAUCAGUUAUUGAUGAAAUUGCAAACUUAUUUGUCACAAAAUGGGUGCCAACAUCCAAAAAUCAUUUAGAAGUCAGUGAGGGGCAUGUCGUCACAAACGGAGCAAUGAAACUCGGAGCUCAAGGAGACCCUUUCAUUGAUGUGAAUAAAGUUGACAUGCAUUUUGUGAAACUGCUGCCAGUUGUCAAUGAAUUGAUCACCAAAAACACAUGCAAGGGCAAUACCAACAUUCCAGACUUGUUAACACAACAACUUACAUUAAAUGAAAAAUUGAAAUUGUUGGGUGCUAAUGUAUAUGAAGUUUUUAGUAAUACAUAAUAAUCAUGUAUUUAAACUUAAUAUCCCAUUCCAUGCUUUUCCAUGGGAACUGAAUAAAAAAUACAUUAGAUAUCCUAAUAGGUAUGAAAAAUUAGGAAAAUAAUGACAUUUUAGUUUAGAUUGUUCUAUUUUGAUUUUGUAAGAGGAUUUAUGCUGUGCUUGCUUUUCUUAAAAAUUAUUAAUAUUGUAAAAUAUGGUCAGAAUUAGUUUAAUUAUUGUAAUUUAAUUGUUUUCUAUG